UGCAAGAGACCUCCUUUUUUCGUCUCCCUCCCCCCUCUACUCCACCAUCUCGCCUCCCCGCCCUCUCUCGCUGCAGAUCGAUCUCCUCCCCAAGAAUUCUCCGGUUCGAUCUCCGCUGCUCCCUCCCCGGGCGCCUCCCAGCAUAUUUUUAGCCCAUCUUUCAAAAAGAAUUAGACAAAGGUUUAUUUUACAUUGAAGAUGUCGGUUUCAAUGAAGGAUUUGGACCCAGCUUUUCGUGGUGCUGGGCAAAAAGAAGGUUUGGAAGUAUGGCGUAUUGAGGAUUUCAAGCCAGUUCCUAUUCCCUCAUCUUCACAUGGGAAAUUUUUCAUGGGUGAUUCGUACAUCAUCUUGAAGACAACUGCCUUAAAAAAUGGUUCUCUUCGACAUGACAUUCAUUACUGGGUUGGUAGAGAUACUAGUCAGGAUGAAGCUGGAACUGCAGCAAUUUUAACGAUAGAGCUUGAUGCUGCCCUUGGAGGACGUGCUGUUCAAUACCGAGAGGUACAAGGCAAUGAAACCGAGAAGUUCCUCUCGUAUUUUAGACCAUGCAUCAUGCCACAACCAGGAGGAGUGGCAUCUGGUUUCAAGCAUGUUGAGGUCAACGAGCAGGAGCAUGCAACCCGUUUGUAUGUCUGCAGCGGGAAGCGUGUUGUUCAUGUUAAAGAGGUUCCUUUUGCUCGAUCGUCCCUUCACCAUGAUGACAUAUUUAUUCUGGACACGAAGUCUAAAAUUUUCCAAUUCAAUGGCUCAAACUCAUCCAUCCAAGAGCGAGCAAAAGCUCUUGAAGUUGUACAGUAUAUCAAAGAUACAUUCCACGAGGGCAAGUGUGAAGUUGCCGCUGUUGAGGAUGGUCGGAUGAUGGCUGAUGCUGAAGCUGGUGAAUUUUGGGGUUUUUUUGGUGGCUUUGCCCCUCUACCCAGGAGGGCACCUGUGGACAGUAAUGAGAAAGACGAGGAAACAACUUUGAAGCUGCUUUGCUUCAACCAAGGAAAGCUUGAUUCUAUCAAUUAUGAAUCCUUGGCACAUGAACUACUUGAGACAAACAAGUGUUACUUGUUAGACUGUGGUGCUGAAUUGUUUCUUUGGACGGGCAGAACUACAUCUCUGCAGGAACGAAAGGGUGCAAACGAAGCUGCCGAGAAAUUACUCUCUGAUGCUAACCGAACAAAAACACAUGUCAUCAAAGUGAUUGAGGGAUUUGAGACUAUUAUGUUCAAGUCAAAAUUUAAGGAGUGGCCACAAACACCUGACUUGAAAUUGUCAUCGGAGGAUGGACGAGGCAAAGUUGCAGCUCUCCUCAAGCGCCAGGGCUUAAAUGUUAAGGGCUUGAUGAAAGCUGCUCCUGCAAAAGAAGAACCACAACCCUAUAUUGAUUGCACGGGCAGUUUGCAGGUCUGGCGUGUAAAUGAUAAGGACAAGACUCUAUUGUCAUCCUCUGCUCAAUCAAAGUUUUACUCUGGCGACUGCUACAUCUUUCAAUAUAUGUAUCCUGGAGAUGAUAAGGAUGAAUGUCUUGUCGGAACUUGGUUUGGGAAGAAGAGUAUAGAGGAGGACAGGUUAACCGCAAUUACACUUACGAGGAAGAUGGUUGAGUCUGCAAAAUUUCAGGCCACCCAGACAUGCCUGUAUGAGGGGAGAGAACCGAUUCAGUUCUUUGUCAUAUUUCAAAGUUUCCAAGUGUAUAAGGGUGGUCUUAGCUCUGGAUACAAGAAAUUCAUUGCCGAGAAUGGUGUGAAUGAUGACACUUAUUCUGAAGAUGGACUUGCGCUUUUCCGUAUUCAAGGUUCAGGGCCAGAAAAUAUGCAAGCAGUUCAAGUUGACUCUGUGGCUUCAUCUUUGAAUUCAUCCUAUUCUUACAUUCUACAUGAUGGAAACAGUGUGUUCACUUGGACUGGAAACCUUACUACUGCACUAGAUCAAGAGUUAGUUGAGAGGCAAUUAGACGUGAUCAAGCCAAAUCUGCAAUCUAGGUCACAAAAGGAAGGGUCAGAAACAGAUCAAUUUUGGAGCUUACUUGGAGGCAAAGUUGAAUACUCAAGCCAGAAAAUAGGAAGGGGAAAUGAAAGUGAUCCCCAUCUCUUCUCUUGUAUCCUGUCCAAAGGUGAUUUGAAGAUAAUAGAAAUAUACCACUUCACUCAAGAUGAUCUGAUGACAGAAGAUCUUUUCAUUCUGGACUGUCACACAGACAUAUUUGUUUGGGUUGGCCAGCAGGUAGACGUUAAAGUAAGAUUGCAAGCUCUGGAUGUUGGGAAGAAAUUUCUUGAGCUCGAUUUCCUGAUGGAAAAUCGCUCUCAUGAGACACCGAUUUUUAUAGUGAUGGAAGGAAGCGAGCCUCCUUUUUUCACUAGGUUCUUCAAAUGGGAUUCAUCGAAAUCACUGAUGCAUGGCAAUUCAUACGAGAGGAAGCUAUCCAUUGUGAAGGGCGGAGGCACUCCAGCUUUGGAUAAACCAAAACGACGAACACCGGUACAUUCUGGAAGAAGUACUGGACAAGAACCUCAGCGCUCUAGAAGCAUGUCCUUUAGCCCUGACCGUGCCCGUGUUAGAGGAAGAUCUCCAGCAUUCACUGCAUUGGCUUCUACCUUUGAAAGUGCAAACAGCAGAAAUCUUUCCACCCCUCCACCUGUAGUUAAAAAACUUUACCCUAAAUCUGCCACACCAGAUCCGUCAAAUACAUCUUCCAAGUCAUCUGUGAUUGCGGAUCUCACCAGUUCCUCCAAUCGCCCUACUCAAGCUCCCAAAUCAGUAGAAGAUGGACCUGUGCCGGAGAAGCCAAAACAAGAGGAGGAUGCAAAAGAAAACAUUGGUAGCAUGGCUGGUAGGCUUGAAUCUCUCACUAUUGCAGAAGAUGUAAAAGAAAAUGAGCCUGAAGACGAUGAGGGACUGCCGAUAUACCCAUACGAUCUCCUGAAAACUACAGCUGCUGAGCCUGUCACUGAAAUUGAUGUUACCAGGCGUGAGACCUAUUUGUCUUCGGCUGAGUUCAAAGAGAAGUUUGGAAUGGCAAAGGAAGCAUUUAGCAAGCUUCCGAAGUGGAAGCAGAACAGAAUGAAGAUAGCGCUUCAUCUUUUUUAGCUCCAUCUUGUGCUUCAAAUUCAUCGUUCAAGAUCCCUUGAGCCAAAGUGAUAUUUGAUGGUAACUAGCUCUUGGGUCAUUGCGCAGAAUGCGACCAUUAUGCCAGGCAGCACACAAUUUUGAUGUCGCCUGGACCAGCUCUCCUGGUUUUCUUGGUUUGAGUCUUUUUCUUUCCUUUUUGUUAUAGGUUCCCCUUAUUCAUUCAAUUCAUAGGUGUGCUCUUACUAUUCCUUUCAAUUUGAUGGUCGCACAUGUUUUAGUUGUGAGGCUUGCGUUUUUAUAUUAACUUUGCCUUGGUGAGUUGUUUCUUUUUGCCUUUUGAGAUGCGUUUAAGCCCGAGGAAUGGGAAUAUGUGUGUAUAGCAGAGUGCCGGCACUGUAAAAAUCCAUCUGGUUACAUAUAUUAUCAAUGGUAUUUUAUAUUUUGUGUGGA